AUGGCGUUAAAACCACAAGUAAAUAAGGAACUUGAAGAAAAAUCGAAAUUCAAUAGAUCAAUAGUAUGGCGUAAUGUAAUUGUUUUAUCGUUGCUACAUCUUGGUGCCCUGGGUGGACUUUACCUGACAUUUACAUCGUCUUUUGGGAAUCUCAGCUGGGGCUCAUCGACUUUAGCCCAUCGAUCCUACAAAGCCAAGUGGCCUCUCCAAUUGCUGCUAGCAUUCAUGAGCACUGUAGCUUUUCAGGAUUCCGUGAUUGUAUGGGCCAGGGACCACAGGGUCCACCAUAAAUUUAGUGAUACUGACGCCGACCCACAUAACCCCAACGUCGGAUACUUUUUUUCGCAUAUAGGCUGGCUGCUUUGCAAAAAACAUUCCGAUGUCACGAAAAAGGGGAAAGGCAUUGAUAUUUCUGAUCUAGAGAGCAAUGCAAUAUUAGCGUUUCAAAAAAGAUAUUAUACGAUAUUGGUGAUAUUGCUCUGCUUUGUUAUGCCAACCGUUAUCCCAGUCGUAUUUUGGGAAGAAAAAUGGCUAAACGCCUACUUAAUCUCCGGCGUUCUUCGUCAUAUUUUGCUACUAAAUGUAGCUUUAAUGAUUAACUCAAUAGGCCACAGAUAUGGUUAUAAACCAUAUGACAAAUAUAUAAAUCCAGCAGACAAUGUAGUAUUUUCUAUAUUCUCGUCGAGAGAGGGUUGGCAUAAUUAUCAUCAUGUUUUCUCUUAG